AUGGUCAAGGUAAGAACACCAGGACGCGAAGCUUUUCGUACACCUCCAAUUACAGCGUUUUUUCCUCUAGCACCAAAUAAUAACAAUAACACAACAGACAACCCUACUCCGGUCUCGAGUAAACACGAUAAUGAGAAUUUAUCAUCAUAUAAAGGUACAACACCUUCAAAAAAAAAAAAAAGUAUAUUGAAGAAACAUGAAACUCCAAGGCGUAAUAAGCCAAAAUAUGCAACCCCUGAAACUCCAUUAAAAAGUCACAAUGCAACUCCUGAAACCCCACUUAAAAGUCGUCAAGCGAAUGAUGUUAAAAUAAAAAAGAGUAUUCCCGAUGUCAUCGAAGACGAUGAGGAUGACGAUCUUUUAUCAAAAACAGAUUUUAGUUGUAUUCAAGAAAUAAGUAUUCAAGAAGAAGAAAGGUCUGAAAAUUUGCGUCGAAGCAAGCGUUCUCGACGCGUUGUUUCCCAAGUAGGAUUUGUUUCAACAGUUGACGCUGUUCCAAUGAAAGGUGAUAUUCCAUUGGUGGACGCGUCAUCAUCACGUACAAAAUUUACAAAAGUCAAUGGUACCGUGGAACAAUCCUAUCAAAAUUCGUUAUCCUCACUACUUCGAGAAAAAAAAUUACGAGAAAAAGCAGGUUAUAAUAUUAAUGCUAUGGAAAAAAUACUAAAAAAAGAUAUGUUAGACGAAAUGGAAGACCCUUAUGAAAGUUAUGAUCGAUUGGGAAUAUCUGCUUCUAUCUUGAAUGAAGAUUUAAAGUGCGAACAGUUACAGCAGAUAUUAGAAGAUGAUGUUGCACAUGAUCACAAUUACCAAAUAGAGUUCUUCGAAACCUUGCAUUCGGUAAAUUCUGAUAAAAAUCCAAAAAUUUCUAAUUUGCGACCAUUAAUUCCCGCAAUUGAUGAUUUGACAUUUGAUUUAUUAUUAAGAGUGUCCUCUGACAAGAAAAAGCUCAAAGAUAUUCUUUGUAGCGAUUGGAUUGCUCAUCGAUAUGAAAUUGACUGGCAGGUGCCUGUUGAGGUUAUGAUUUGGCUUCUUCAUUUAGUAAGCUAUGAGGAAGACGAAAUAAUUUCAGAAGCAUCUUUUAAUACAUUAAAAAAUAUUGCAGAAAUUAGAAAAGGCCUGAAUGAUGAUGAUGAAAAUGCACGUGUUCCUUUUUUGGAGGUAUACAAUAUAUUAGCCAUGUGGGGUGCUUCGACAAAUAUGAUCAGCUUACGGUGUUGCUUGGAGAAAAACGCUAGGCAGAGUUCUAUAUGCGAGGUUCCCUCUGAAUUCCAUUACAUCAACAAUAUAAGACUGUUAUUGAAAGCGCUUGUGCCCAUGAUUGACAGCAGGCUAUUCACCUUUUCGAACUCUGAAGAAAUAAGGUUAUCUAUCAUCGUUCUUCUUCGAAUGCCCUUGGAUAAACGACUAUUGUCAUUGUCCAAUGGAGUAGAACAAGUUGUAGAUUCGCUUCUAGAUAUAUUCCAAGAAGACCAAUGGAUAGAACAAGCCAAGCUUUUAUGUAAUGAAAUUGAAUUUUCAUGUGGCUCAAUAACUCAGUUCAAAUUGGCCAUAAUAGAAAAUUUACCCAUUACUGAUCGCGGACGUUUAUUAAAACAUUUCUUGACUAUUCGAUUCUUAUUUGGUUUUGAGUCACCAUUAGAAAUCGUUUAUUUUGAACAGAAUAACGUAUCGGAACCUAGGAUCUUGAACACCCUUUUGGAUCUUCUUCAAGAUAAUUCAACUAUUUUUAAAAUUAAAGAUGACACCAAUUACAAUGAAUUAUAUCAUCAUAUUUUGCUGCUUAGUUAUGCUUUAGAUGACGAAUCCUUGUUGAGAAAAGCAGAGGAAACAGUUAAAGAAAUUAUCAAAAAAUUAAAAAUAUUACAUGGGAAAAUAGUGGACAUGCGAGCUGCUUUUAUGGAUCGAACAAAGACCAAAGAUCUAAUUCAAAGGCUUUACGUGCGACUUUAUUACAUAUCCAGUCGUCAACGCGAUAAGAGCCAAACAAGCAUAUUAGUUUAUUCGCCAAAGAAAACUCAAAAAACAUUAGCUAUGGACUUGGAUCAUGAGUAA